AUGAAGAGUCUUAUUAUUUUGAUGUGGACAGUUUCCCAACUGUCGUCUGCCCAGAGAGUGUAUGAUAUGGAGUUUAUUUGUGGUCAGGAUUUAACAAUAUUUGAUUUUGAUAUUGUGUUGAAUGGUAAAGCAAGCUAUUCUCCUAAGACCAUGCCAUCAGAAUGUAUUGUGGUAUUGGAAGCUGGUUACACUGAUUCAGAUUAUCGUUUAGAAGUCAUCAUAGAAGCUAUUCAAAUCCAAGAUUGUUCUACAUAUUUGGACAUCUUUAAUGAACGUCAGGCAUCUGGAAAUUAUUUGCGAAGAUUAGGGUGUACAAGUAUGAGUACCGAUACUAUUUAUAGUGAUAAACAAUGGGUCACAUUACGAUUAUCUCGACCAAGAAACCUUCCACAAACAGCUUAUAUAUUUACCCUCAAGAUAAAGGCAUACAAAGAAUCAGAUAGAGCAGCUACAGCUGGUUCAGAUCUUCCUGUUGGUGCUAUAGUUGGUAUCAUUCUGGGUCUAUUAACAUUGAUAGUAGUUGCUGUUAUCUUGGUGUGGUGUUGGCGUUCAGGAAGAAUAAUGGAGUAUGUUGGAAGUGGACAAGACACGGAAGACUUGGAAGAGAAAUCUGUAGCCAGUCUUGGCGUUGACAAUAAUAGUAUUUGGAACUCAGAACCAAUUGAUAAAAAUGAUCCCAAUGCUUUCCGUCGUUCAGAUGGACCACAAUAUCUGGGUAGGAGGAGUAUUCGUGACAUGAAACCACGUUAUGAAGAUGGAAGCGAAUUUGGGGACUAUAUCUCUACUACCAGUGCUCAAAAUGCAAGACUAGCUGCUAUUCCAACUGAAAAUAACCAUGAACAUUCUGGUCCUCAAAUCAAGAAUACAAAUGAGGUGCAAAUGAAUGUAAGGAAAGGAGAAUCUUCAGCAGCUUGGAAAAGAGACGAUUCAGAUUUAAGAAAUGCCUUGAAUGCUGAAAUUCGUAGAGGCCCAAGAGUUCCAGAAACAGACACAUCUACAAAGAAUCGUAUCAGUUCAGACAUUGAAGAAAAGGGACAAGCUAGAGAUGGGUGGCAAAAAGAACAGACAAGUUUGAAAAAUUUACUUAAUGCAGAAAUAAGGAGAAGGUCUAGUAAUGGAGGACAAAGUGCAACACCUAAAAAUAGCCAAGAGACCCUCAUUGAUGAAGUAUUUGAAAGUGAUGAUAAUAAAAUUGAAGUUCCUCUCCAUGCAAAGAGGAAUGGUCAAAAUGUGGAAAGUUCACCGAGAGGUCAUCACUCUAGAAGCACUAAGAGAGAUAAAGAUAAUCAUGAAGAGGGGCAUAUGAAAAGACAUGAUGACAGUCCUUCAAGAAAACCAAGAAAUCAUGGUGAAUCUCCAUCAAGAGGUUCACGACAUGGUGAAUCACCCAGUAGAUCACCAAGAAGAUCAAGACAUGGUGAAUCACCAUCAAGAGAUGAAUUACAAAGAGGAACUGAAGCUAGAGAUAGCAAUAGAAGUACUUCCUCUCAGAAAGACAAUCAAAAACGAGCUAAAAGUUUAGCUCAAGAAGCCAGUGAAGCUAGAUUGAAAUCAAGAAAUAGAGGAAAUCAAGUUGAUCCACCAUCAGAUUUUGAUUCUAGUAGUUUUAUGUCAGUACCUGAACCAGUUACUGUAACAGCCUCAGUUCAUCCUGAUACCAAGACCAAAUCUAAACAUCAUAAAGACUCUCGGUCUCAGGAUAUGGACUCCAAUGAUCUGGAAGUGCGAGAAAUCACACAGAAAAGUAAAAACAUCGAUCCAGAUUUAAUGGUGAAUCCAAAUCAUUCCAAAUCACAGAAAUCGCCUAAAAAUAAGAAAAAGAAAAGAAAGUCAAAGAGUAAAGAUAGAGAUGAGGAUGUUUUACCACCAGAAGCUUUUGAACCAUUGUUUGAUCGACCAGUUUCAGAGGAACCAUUACCUGACGGGAUGCAACCAUUAAAUACUGCAUAUAAUAAUCCUUAUGGAAUGUAUCCUGGAAUGUAUCCCAUGUCUAAUUAUGGUAUGCCAUAUGGCAUGAUGCCAGGACAAGGUGCAGUUCCACCAGGCACUCAGACCUAUGCCUAUGCAUACCAAGGUAUACCAACAGGACCUGGGAUGCCUCCAUCACAGGCAGCCUACAUUGUGCAGCAAUCACCAUCUAAAAAUGGUCCAGUACAGAAGACAUUCAUGAUGGCUUCAACUGAAUCAAGACCUCAAAGCCAGGAUGGAUACAAUAGAGGUACUGAUUACCCAGGUCACCCAGCCCGUUCAUCAACACCUCAUUCAGUUGCAUCUUAUGGAGAUACACCACAUGGUCAUCAAAGAUCAUAUCCCAAAAACUCAUCUGUAGUUCCAAAAGGAAGAUCACAACCGGAAGGCCAUAGAACAACAGUAAUGAAAUCAGGUGUAGACCCUAGGACUGGAAUAGAGACACAUCAAGCGCUUUGGACUGAUAAUACAAGAGAUUCUACAGAUCCCACCUCUGAACAUAAUCCCAAACUUGAUCGUAGAACAGUAACAAGAACUACAACAAGAAGUGGAUAUGGGGACCUCCCUGAAGAUACAGAUAAUAUCACAAAUCAUCUUUAUAUACAACUAGAUCCAGAUGAUCCAGCCUUCCUAGCACCAUCUAAUACAGGCACUCAUGCUUUAUCAUCAACAGAAACACCAGAAGGAGAUAAUGUGAAUUAUUAUUUAGCAUUGAACAAUAAACAUGGCUCACCACAACAUAUCAUACAUCCUGCUCCUUCUAGACAUAAAGCUAUUAGAGACAGUGUAUCUAUAGCCUAGGAUCAACAUCUUAUAAUAAAGUCUUAUAAACUCUAGCAACAAGAGAUUCUUUAUCAAUUUUCCCCUGAUC